CUCUGCGGCGGGGGGAACAUGGCGCUGGGUGAGAGGGCGCCGCGGCGGCUGCUGCACCUGCCGGCCGGGAGCUGCCUCCCCCGCCUGCUGCUGCUGCUCCUCCUCUGCGGGCAGCUCGGGGGAGGACAGAAGAAGAAGGAGAAUCUUUUGGCUGAAAAGGUGGAACAGCUCAUGGAGUGGAGCUCAAGGCGCUCCGUCGUUCGCAUGAAUGGAGACAAAUUCCGAAGAUUUGUGAAGGCUCCACCUCGUAACUACUCUGUGAUAGUGAUGUUCACUGCUCUGCAGCCACAACGACAGUGUUCUGUUUGCAGGCAAGCUAACGAAGAGUAUCAAGUGCUGGCCAAUUCAUGGCGCUAUUCCUCUGCUUUUUCAAACAAACUGUUUUUCACAAUAGUGGAUUAUGAUGAAGGGGCAGAUGUUUUUCAACAGCUGAAUAUGAACUCUGCUCCGACUUUCAUGCAUUUUCCUCCAAAAGGAAAACCCAAGAGAGCUGACACAUUUGACCUGCAGAGAAUCGGAUUUGCAGCUGAGCAGCUAGCUAAAUGGAUAGCUGACAGAACAGAUGUUCAUAUUAGAGUAUUCAGACCUCCUAACUAUUCUGGUACAAUUGCAUUGGCUCUUCUGGUAUCGCUUGUUGGUGGCUUGUUGUAUCUGCGAAGAAAUAAUUUAGAAUUCAUCUACAACAAGACUGGCUGGGCCAUGGCAGCUCUGUGUGUUGUAUUUGCUAUGACAUCUGGUCAAAUGUGGAAUCACAUCCGUGGUCCUCCGUAUGCUCAUAAAAAUCCUCAGAAUGGACAAGUGAGUUACAUACACGGAAGCAGUCAGGCUCAGUUUGUUGCAGAGUCACAUAUUAUUCUUCUACUGAAUGCUGCAAUCACCAUGGGAAUGGUACUCCUGAAUGAAGCUGCUACAUCCAAAGGCGAUGUUGGAAAAAGGAGAAUAAUAUGCCUGGUAGGCCUGGGUCUGGUGGUCUUCUUCUUCAGCUUCCUGUUGUCGAUAUUCCGCUCCAAAUACCAUGGCUACCCAUAUAGCUUCCUAAUUAAAUGAAUUCAAGAGGGAUUCAUUUAGAGCUGUUUCCUGCGAAGAUAAGCUGUUACUGAUAUUAUCUGCUUACCAAUGUUACAUGUAUUCAAGAAUCUUUUAUUGGUUUAUCUGUUUUUGUGAUAUAUUAUAUAGUAUGCUGAUAGACGAAUGCAGUUUUAUGCAAUGAAUGCUUAAUUUAUAAAAAACUUACAGUAAACAUCCCAUUGGGAAAUGUUGAAUACAAUAUACUCAGUGCUCAGGAGUUUAAAUAAAGUUCAUUAUAAUGGG